UUACAUCAAACAAUUUUGAAUUUUUUUUGCUAAAUUCUGUUAAACAAAACAGAGAUAAAACUCUUUAACCUUGUAUAUGUCAACGUUAACAUUUAUACACUAAGCAUAGGAAUAAAACUGACACCAGUAAAUGAAAAUGUUUUAGUUUUCUGUCUAUUUUUGACCUAAUGUUAGCACUAUAGCUGAGCUAGAUAUCAUGCUAACAUAGAGCUCAGCUACAUUAUAGCUAAGCUAGCUACUACAGGAGCUAUACUAGCUAGCUCAGCUGCAGUAGCAAUAGUAGCUAGCUCAGCUAAGUUCAAAGGAUAUUUGUGGGAAUAUUAAUUUAUUUAUCUUGGUUAAUAUAUGGAGAUAACCAUGGAAAGUGUGUCCAUUGGUUUUCAAGAUUGUUGUUGCUAAUGUUGCUUUACAUAUAGAAAGCUGUUAAAGUAACUCUUGGACAAAAGUAAAGUAAAUAUUAAUAUUUCAUGUGCUAAAGUGUUGUUUAUAAAGAAAAACGGAAUAAUUUUGUUUUAUGUCUGUGUGACUGAACCCACACGUUUCACUUAGAGCUUUGAGGAUUCAUUUUUGCUGUCAGAUUCAACAAAUAAGAACAAUAUUGAAAGUUUUACCUAUAUAUGAAACUCAGUUCAUUAAAUGGAAGCAGUGUUUCGUUGGAUGUCUCCACUGACAUCCAACGAAAACACAUUUAUGAAUAUGAUAUUAGAUCAGAUCAAUAAAAUCAUUAAUACAGACGAUUAAUGAAAAUCACACAUGACACCAGCUUACAGGCUGUUAUUUCAAACUGUCCUUUUAGUCAGAUAAAUGUGUUUCUGUGGAACCCAUUAUUGAAUAUGACACACUAUUUGUUAAGCAUUGGGCUUUUCCUUUGCAGACAUUCCUUAACAGCAUUCAAGUAAUAUUUUGAGAGUAAACAAUAAAUCAAAACGGUUCAUGUUCAUUAUGAGCUGCUGUCAUUUGGAUGAAUCAAGCUGUCCGUAUCCUCGCUCCUGUGCGAAUCCCUAAACAAUAAACCUUUUGUUGCUCACUUCGUUAUGGUCUCAUUUCAAAACAUUUCCAACAUAUCUCUGUGUUCAGACAGCUCAGUCUCUGGAAAGACUGUGAGCACUUCAUGUCCCCAGCUCCUCUGGUCACCUUGUCUUUAUGUCCCUCCUGUAACCAGACAGAGGACGGGGGCGGAGCCUCCAGGACUGAAAGCCAAGACGGAGCCAGCAGCUGGUAGCAGCACCAAGAAGAACCAGGUGAAGCCAGAGGGAGAACGUGACUCCGACUAAUAGGCUGGGGCCUGUUUCUGAAGGCGUCCAGAGAGAGAAGGUUUGGGAGAAAAACAAAGCCAGAUGUGAACGUUGUUCUGUGUCGGAUCUGCUGCCUUGAGGGGAGAUAAUACAGCGACGCCUCAUCAUGGUGGACCUGUUUGCUGACCGGGUUCUUGUGAAGAACAACAAGGACCAGGACGAGCUGGACACGGAGCGCGAGAUCGUCACGCGUCUGCAGAACCGAAUCCUGAUGCUCUUCUUUGCCUCUGCUGAAUCCGACACCUGCCAGCGGUUCGCUCCCACGCUUCACGACUUCUUCAAACAGCUGACCGAUGAGUUCUACGUGGAGCGCUCCGCUCAGCUGGUGCUGCUCUACGUCAGUCUGGAUCAGUCAGAGGAGCAGCUGGAAAACUUCCUGAAAGAGCUCCCAAAGAAGUCCCUGUUCCUGGCCUACGAGGAUCCUUACAGAAGGGAGCUGGAGACCAUGUUCGACGUGAGAGAGGUUCCCACCGUGGUGGUCCUGCGUCCCGACUGCUCCAUCCUCAUCCCCAACGCGGUGGAGGAGAUAACCCGCCUGGGUCCGGACUGCUACCGCAACUGGCACGAGGCGGCCGAGCUCAUCGACAGAAACUUCCUCACCAAGGAGGACUUUGAGGACAAGUCCAUGCGCAGCUUCACCGACCCCGUCAGACGACUCAAGUACAAGGUGGAGGACGAGAAAAAGAAGAAGAAGGAGGAGGAGAAGAAGAAAAAGAAGCAGCGGCGAGGCUGGGGCGUAGGAGGCGACGAGGGCGAGGAAGCCGGAGCAGACGAUAGGGACGGUGGAGGGUCGAUGUGGUGAUGGAGAGAACGAUGCUGUGAAUUUGUCCCAAAGUUGCUGCUUUAUUAGAGUUUGGAAGCUUUUUUUUUUCUACCCUUGUAAGAGUUUUGUUGCAUGGCAAAUUUCAUAAUAAAUAUGUUGUUUAUGGCA